GCCGCACCGUAGUGCACAGUGGUUGUCUGCCUGUUUGUUGUCGAGUGAGACACGCGAAUCGAUGUGAUAUAAAUUCUAACAAAAUAUUGUAAUUUCAUCACAGAAAAAUCCUUUAUUAAAUAUCUAUCGUGCUUAAAAUUGUUGUGGGUAGUAAUAAUUGCUUGCGUGUAAUUUGCGGGCGAAGAUUUUUGAGAAAGUAAUACAAACGAACGGUUUGACGGCAGAUCGCAGCGUGGGCAUAGUCCCCACGCUGAUCACCCAGUCGACGCUGGGCACCGACGUGGAGAUGGUGCAGGGGGAGAGCGCGGGGGGCGACGAUGGGCUCAUCACUCCACGUCGCCUACCGAACCCUUGCCUUGAAAGUUCACUGCGGAUGGACUUGCAUCGGGAGCUACUUUUUAAUCAGAGGAUAGGUAAGAAUGUCCUCAACCAAAAGAGCGAACUACAAAAGGCAUUAUCGAAACACAAAGAGAAGAAGAUUAUGAAUCAAGUUAAGGAACACAGAGAAACCCCAGAAUUAGAACGGGCCAUAGCUGAGCGAGCCAAGCGAUUGGAACAGGCAGAACAGCCUCCAGAAGAUGAUGGUACGAACCCAACGCUGACAGAAGUACGCGCGCGCCUCCGACAUGCUGCUCCUGCAUCACCUGCUGCAUCUGCGCAUUAAAAGUGACGUCAUUCUUUGCCCUGUCUCCUUUUCUUUGUCCAUUUUACAUUCAUGCAUCAUAAUUGUUUUUUCAAGUUUGGAAAUUGUAAAAAGUAAGGUACAUAUUUAACGUCAAUAAAGUCAAAAUAAGUGACCUACACAUACCAUCGAUAGACAUCCAGCCCACCACGUUUUGUAUAAAGUUGCGAAUUUUUAAUUGUAAACACAUUGUAAUGAACUGGCUGCUUGGAAGGAUUCAAAGCAUAAUACUCGUACGUGUGUACGCACGUGAUUUUCCGCCUACUUAACUUUCUAUAUUGCUUUGUAUGGAACGGUUGACUAAGGAACGGAAUGAGAUAUUUAUUCAUAAUUUCUUCGCAUAAUAAGAUAUUAAAUAUUCAUGAUAGUUAUUCAUACGAGUUUUGGUUUAUAGCGAUUUACUUUUCUAUUAUUAUCUGCUGUAUAUUCCAAACGAAUGGAACUCGUAAAUUUUACAGACAUAAUCGUAAAACAAGAUAAUUUUUUCAUUUACAUAAUACACAAUACAUAAAGAUAAUAUUAUAUUGACACGUUUUUAACUUUUACAUCGGACUAUCAAUGUUAUUCGUGCUUACUACUAGCGCCAUCGAUGAAUAUUUCUAGGUACUAAAAUAGCGCCAUCUUGGUGUAUGAAUUGUAACUAUUUAUGGUAACCGUGCUGGGUUUCGGCAAAUGUUGAGCCGAAAGAAAAAUUUUGAAAAGACGAUAUUGAAAGAAUAACCCAUUUUAAAACGUGGUGAGAACAUGAACUUUGAAUUAAGUACGUCGCCGUCUCGAAAAUUAUGCUUUUGAAUAAUAGUCGCAAGUGUGUAGGGACAAUAUAACGUUAAUCUACAGGCUUAAAAUUGAAGCGUUAUUGUAUCAAUAAGUCCUGUUUUUCGAAGUCAAGUUAAAAAAGUUUUUGCAAUACGAUGGGCAUUGAAUGAGAUUAUUUAAUAAGGCAUUGAGCGAGUGUUGUGUGAAAGAUACGCUUAGAAUGCAAGCCUUGUGUGGUUAAAUUUUUCUUUACGUAUGUAUAAGAAUUUUAUUAAUUUGUCAUCGAAAUCACUUUGUUAACACCCUUUAUGAUAAUAUUUUAGUUAUUACUUUAGUUCAUACAUGAUUAUUGGUUGUUCGUACAGAAUUAAUACAUAAUUAUCAUAUGUAAUAGUAGGAAUUAAGGAUUUUUAUUAGGCCGUAACAGUAUAAGGUUAUUUUGGAUCGUUCUUUGCGUUCUGAUAUACAUAAAUCAAGUAGUAUUAUUUUAUUCUUGAUAUGGCUCUAAGGCGCCCAAGAAAACCUUACAUGUAAAGAAUGAUUCAAAAAGGAGGUUACCUUUUACAAAUUUCUUUUAUCAAAUCUCAUAAAAAGGAUUAAAUGGUACCUCUCUUUUGUUGCAAGGUGUGACUGACCUCACUCUUUGAUAUAACUGUGGCGCCCAACGUGAGGGCAUUGUAACCUAUAUCCAUCUAUCUUUGUCACUUCUUAAUUAACGAAUUAAAGGUUCGAUGCAAUUACGAGAUUCUGGUCGGUCUAGGCCUACAUCUACUUAAUUUGGAAACAGGUGAUGGUUAUCGUAUCAUAGUAUCACUGACUGAGGAAUCGACUGCGUGAGGUAUAAUAUAAUAAGGGUAAUUGUCGACUUGAACCGAGAGAUAAACAUAUUUUUCUACACUUUUUAACGUCACAAACAUUGUAGUAUCCAUUUAUAUGCAUUUAUAGUUCUUGUUAAUUCCUAUAGUUGUCUCGUUUCCAUUUAAGAACGAUUUGACGCUGUUAUGUGGAUAUAUUUUCUAUCAAGUAUAUGUAGCAGCGUGAUAUGCGCUUUUUAUAACAGCGCAGGCAAUGCACAAAACGUUGUUGGCAUUUGUUCUUACUUGCAUUUGUUGGCGUAUUUCUUUUGAUAUGCGGUUUAAGAUCAAUCACAUUAAAAAAAUUAGAAUCUUCAAAACGACAUACCUGCAAAUAUUUAAAAAAUAUUCGAAACAUGAAAUCACAGUCACAUGGCAGCUGUCAAGUCCAACCAAGUAAACUGAAAACGAGAGUAGUUUAGAAACACCUGUCACACAGAGUUAUAGAAUUAAAUCAUACAAUAUUUACUUAUUUUGUAACAAUAAUGUUAUAGAAAGUAGAUAGAUGUUGACAAUUUUAGUAACUAACCUAAAAAUAUGAAAAUUAUAUUCAUUAUAUGCGUAUACAUGUAUUUAAAUGAUUCAAAUAACUUAUUUAGUAGAGAAAGUCUUAUGAAGUAGCGAUGUUUAUAAAUUUACCCCAAGAAUAGAUAUUUUUCCGUAAUUUAUUCGUAUAAUUAUAAUUACGAGCCGUGAUUUACUAAUUGACAUACAAAAUAAUAAUGAUAACGGAAAAAUGGGAAAGUAUUGAAAACAAACAUGGAAUAUUGCAUGGUUAUUUACUGCUUAAAUAACAAAUGUGUAUAUGUAUUGUUUUCUUUAUUCAUCUGUUUAUAUAUUAUUAUUGUGGUGAUAAAAAUAUAGGGUCAAGUAGGGUAAGAGGAACUCCUGGGACCUGGGGAACAGGGGCUUGAAGCCUUACUCAUAAUCUAAAAAGUUUAGCACUAUAGUCUCUAAGUGGAUAAAACAGGCAAACAAAUUGGUUUAUAUGAUAUAGCGAGAUGCCUCUUACAACAUAUUUUGGGGGAAGAGAAAGGUUAAAACAAUUUGCAAGCUUUCGGUAAAUGUGUAAGUAUUAAAUAUAGCGUAAUGAUUUAUUAUUAAAACGUGUAAAGCUGUUAAACAAAGUCAAGUUUAGUGUACUUCAAAAUUCUUAUAAGACUUCAUCCGUUUUUUCCUAGAGCUCAAAACAUUUGACUCAAGUAUGUUCCUCUUACCUCACCUGACUAUACUUUGAAAAAAAAACACAUAUUAUGGGCAAAGUGAAAAUAAAACAAAAGACGGACUAGGCUUGCAUUACAAAGUAUUAACUUUCGCCAAUUAAAAUGCACCAAUAAAUAGAGUCGACCAUACGUUUGAAUCGAAGUGUUCAAAAAAGUGAUAGAUGAGAAAUAUUUUUGUAUAUUUUAUGUACCUCUGUGGCUAUCUACAGUCUUUCAAAGUUUAAUAAAUAUUAUAAGUAGUUGUCCCCGUGAUAUACAAAUGUACGCUAUUACUAAUUGAAAUGUAAUUUAUAAAGGUUGAACAGAAAUAUAGGAUAACAUUUUGCUCAUACAUAACUCGGGUAACACCGUCCUAUGAGUACGUACUACAUGAGAAAAUAUUUGGUACGGUUACCUAAAUAUUAUCUUCCUAAGACUACACGGGUAAUACUGUGGUACACUUCGUGAUAUAACCACAGCUAAUCUUAAGUAAAGUACUGACAUUCAGUAAACGACAUUGCACCAUCGACUUAGCAAGUUUACUUAGAACGUAGGAGCAAUUAUUACAGAUACUUCUGUUCAACUAAAUAUGCAUAGAAGUAGAAAAUUUCUACAUAGUCAUUAUGUACUAUAUAAUAUAUAGUUAUAUGUCUAUUGUUUCAAGUAACGUGUUGGAGUUUCUUAUUACAUCUGCGGUAGAAUCUCUGAAACUCUAACGCUACGAUUAACUAACGAUUUUUACGUCUUAAGUCAACUAGUAUCGUAUAGGAAAGUUUUAGCUAUACCUCUCCCUGCAACUUAUAAAUGAAACUAAUGAAUAGAUUCGAUGUUCUCUUUUUCAUAAGUUUUCGGGCGAGCUUUACCUACAUGAAUUAUCUGUACAAAAAGGAUUGAAACAAAGAGGGCUACCAAUACACAUUCACUAAAAGGCACAGUCGGAAUACUUUUGGUUUUUUCGGUCAACUGAUUACCUCAUACCUGAUUGUGCCCUCUAGUGCCUUCGUAUUAUUAUUAAUAACCUUUAUAGCAAACAUUAGUCUAAUAUAAUUGUAAACUUUCAAAUUAACGAAAUGUGCUAUUGCUUAUUGUAAUGUCCUUAAAACUUAUGACUAGUGUAGUUCUAGUCUAACGACGACUUUGGCGUUCUGCCCACUUUACGAAAAUUAUAUUUUUGUUCAAUCCAUGUGCCUAUUUAGAAUUGUUAUUUACUUUGAGAGUAUUAUAUGGUAUUAUUUAUGGUUAUAGAGUAGAACAUAGGAUGACGAUUCUCACGAAAGAACACCAAAAUUUUUAUCAUUCCACUUGUUAUUCUUUCACUUCUUUCUUUGACUUGGUUAAUAUUUUGUUUAAUGUUAAGUUGUAGAAUAUUAGUACAAAGUGGCAUCUCCAAAAAGAGCUAAGUAUUAAGCUUCAGCUUGCGAAGCUGUGCAGUAAUGUGGCCAUUUAUGUUCGAUAUGAUAUGACUAAAUAGUUUAUAAGUAAUUACUCUUUGUAAUGAAAAUUUGAUGAGGAAAUGUAUUUGAAAUCAAUAAUUUGCAUAGACAAA